CGAGGCUGACGCCGAGGCGGCGAGGGCGGAGUCGGCGGCCCCGGCCACAGGGAGUGCGACGGAGCCGCUACUGAGCCCGGGACAAGUAGCCAGUUAUCGGAGAUAUGUAAAAGAAGCAAAAGAAGCAACCAAGAAAGGAAAUCUAGAAGAAGCCCUUAAACUUUUCUGUUUAGCAAAAGAUAUUUUUCCCAGUGACAAGGUUCUGAGCCGAAUCCAGAUACUACAGGAAGCCCUGGAAGAGCUGUCAGUGGAAGGAGAUGAUGAAUUUGUUGAAGUGUGCAACAGUGGUCUGAUGCUGUAUCGAGAACUACACGAUCGACUUUUUGAGCACCAGAAAGAAGGUGUGGCUUUUCUCUAUAGCCUGUAUAAAGACAGAAGGAAAGGUGGCAUAUUGGCAGAUGAUAUGGGAUUGGGGAAGACUAUUCAGAUUAUUGCUUUCCUUUCUGCUAUGUUUGAUGCUGAACUUGUGAGGUGUGUCCUGCUGAUCAUGCCUACCAGCCUUAUCAGCACGUGGAUCAAAGAAUUUGCUAAGUGGACCCCAGGAAUGAGAAUUGCCACCUUUCACGGUUCUAGCAAGAAGGAACGUACCAGAAAUCUACACAGGAUUCAGAGGAAGAAUGGGGUAGCUGUUACAACGUACCAAAUGUUGAUUAACAAUUGGCAGCAACUUUCCCAAUUGGAUGGAAACGAGUUUGUCUGGGACUAUCUCAUACUUGACGAAGCCCAUAAAAUUAAAAGCUCUUCUACUAAGUCAUCAAUUGCUGCCCGGGCUAUCCCUGUGAAAAAUCGCAUCCUCCUGACAGGAACCCCAAUUCAGAAUAACUUGUACGAGCUGUGGUCCCUCUUUGAUUUUGCUUGUCAGGGAUCCUUGCUAGGAACAUCUAAAACCUUUAAAAUGGAAUAUGAAAAUCCUAUUACUAGGGCCAGGGAGAAAGAUGCUACUUUAGGAGAGAAGGCCCUGGGGUUGAAAAUAUCUGAAAACUUAAUGACACUUAUAAAACCAUAUUUUCUCAGGAGGACUAAAGAAGAUGUACAGAAGAGAAGUGCCAAUAAACCCCAAAGCAAUCUUCCAGAAAAGAAUCCAGGUGGUGACAUUGUCUGUGAAAUCCCUUCCCUUUCCAGGAAAAAUGAGUUAAUUAUUUGGGUAUAUUUAGUACCUUUGCAAGAAGAAAUAUAUAGGAAAUUUGUAUCCCUAAACCACAUCAAACAGUUGUUAGUGGAAACACGUUCACCUUUGGCUGAGCUGACUGUCUUAAAGAAGCUGUGUGAUCACCCGAGGUUACUGUCAGCGCGGGCCUGCAGUUUGUUAGGUUUCAAAGAAGGCAACUUCUCUGGUGGAGAUGAAAGUGAAGUCGCUCAUUCAGAUAUCCAGAUUGAUCAAGUGCCUCAUGAAUCCCUAAUGCAAGAAUCGGGGAAAGUGAUAUUCCUUAUGGCAUUGCUUAAGAGAUUACAAGAUGAAGGACAUCAGACUCUGGUGUUUUCCCAGUCCACAAAACUUCUAGACAUCAUAGAGCACCUUUUAAAGAAAGAGAAUUUCGAGACUUUGCGUAUUGAUGGAACUGUUACUCCUCUUUCAGAAAGACAGAGGCGAAUUGACUUAUUUCAACGGAAUCAGGGUGUCUCUGUUUUUCUCCUUACUUCCCAAGUAGGUGGAGUAGGUCUCACUUUAACUGCAGCAACUAGAGUGGUCAUUUUUGAUCCUAGCUGGAAUCCUGCAACUGAUGCACAAGCUGUAGAUCGAGUUUACAGAAUCGGGCAAAAAGAAAAUGUUGUGGUUUAUAGGCUGAUCACCUGUGGGACAGUGGAGGAGAAAAUAUAUAGAAGACAGGUUUUCAAGGACUCGUUAAUAAGACAAACAACCGGGGAUCAAAAAAACCCCAUUCGAUAUUUUAGCAAGCAAGAAUUACGAGAGCUCUUUACGAUAGGGGACUUUCGGAGUUCUGCAACACAGUUGCAACUGCAUUCUUUGCAUGCUGGUCACAGAAAGACCGAUAAGAAAUUGGAGGAACAUAUUGCUUACCUACACACUUUGGGAAUAGCAGGAAUCUCUGACCACGAUUUGAUGUUCACACGUGAUGUGUCUGUUCACGAAGAGUCUGAGGUAGGGGAAUCUCAGUAUGUUCAAGAAAGGGUUCAAAAGGCUCAACUCCUAGUCGAAUUAGAGUCUCAGAAUAACGAGCUCUUACUGACCAAUGCAAGAGCUGGAGUUGAGGAAACCUGGCUGAAAGAACCUGCAUCUUCCAAACCAAAGAAAAAAUACUCUGAACUGAAUGUUGCACGUCAUCCUUCACCGCCUAUAAUUGUUGAUCUUACACAAGAAGAGUCUGUCCAUUCUGGAAUGGCAAAUUUAAGUAUUGUUGAAGACAGUGAGGCAUACUAUCUCUCUGCCAUGAAUGUAGAUGUGUCUGUAAAACAAUCUGAUCUUCGUUUAUCAGAACACAAAAUUGAUGAUGAAUUUAUAACUACUUUUUCCAAUGAAGAGUGCCAGGAAAUGGAAAUAUCAAAGACCAAUAAUCCUGAUGAUAGUCAAGUUUUACCAGAUAACACUCAGGAAAGUAUAAAGCAGUUAGCUCAUGAAACAGCAAAAGCUGAUCUUGAACCAAAUCCAGAUCAACUAACAAAUUCAGAGAUUUUGCUGGAAUCUUCCAUCUUGCUUAUAAGUCCAGAGAAGUCUAUGGAAUUGGGUACUUCUCUCAUUAGCGUAGUAGGGGAUUUGUCAGCAGACCCAAGUGCAAUGGAGAAUUCUGGACCAAACGAGGACAAGUUAGGAAAAGAAUCCUUAGCUUCUUCACUGCAAGAUGCUGAUGAUUUCAAUCUUUUCUUGGAAGAUUCUCUAGAGAGUGGACAGAACCUUUCCAAGCAGUCUUUGGAGCCCAUGGAAAGGGAGAACAGCAUGUGGGAUUUAGUACCUAAUCCUAGGGGGCAGAGCAGCUUUGAGGAUCCACAGCUUGGUCAAGAAAGCGAACUGGAGAACGAAAUAGCUCCUGUGAAAACGAGAUACACGAUGAGGAGGAUUGUUUCAGAUGAUGAAGAUGAUUUUGUGACAGAAGGAAUGUUACCCCCUUUCCCAAACCCAGUACUGACACAAUUUAGCUCAACUCCCAAAAGCAACAGAUCCCAAUCUGAAUUGUUUUUAUUUGAAAUAGGGAGUGGUGGAAAUAGUUCUGCAAUUUCUAGAAGAUCCCUGGCUUCACGGAGAUCACUUAUUAAUGUGAUUUUAGACCAUGUUGAAGAUAUGGAAGAAGAUGCCAGUGGGCAAAAGGGUACCGACAAGCAUUUAGAAGCAGCGGCAGCAGAGUAUACUCAAGAGUCUGAACACUCAGAAGAGGAACCUGCAGAAGAAACUUCACUGACCCCAAGCGAGCCCUGCUCUUUGUCUGUGUCUUGCUCAGACUUAGCGCAGAGUGCAUCUGGUCAAGAUUCACAAGAGACCACUGCACACAACCCCAGUUCAGCUCCCAUGACAGAUGAGUAUGAGGCUCUUGUCAGGUGUGGAAAGGAACUGAAAGAGAGCGGGAAAAUACAGGAAGCACUCAACUGUCUUCUUAAAGCCCUCGAUAUAAAAAGUACGGAUCCUGAAGUCAUGCUCCUGACUUUAAGUUUAUAUAAGCAACUUAAUCAAACUUGAGAACAUGGUUUGUUUGCUGUGCUUUACAAUCCCCUGAAGGGUUAUCUAUGCUUACUUUUCUAAUUCAGUUUCUCCUAAUUUAAGAUGAUUGCUUUGAAUAAAGGAUAGCUUCUAGCAUGUUUAGGAUGACAAACACGUUUAUGUUCCCCCCCCCCCUUUAUUUUUUAGUGAACAUUUAUUACUCCCAUCAAGACUGGGCUGGGGGAUUGAGAUUUUUUGCUGACUUUUGUUCUUGUCUGUUUUGCUGCUGGGACAGUCCAUAUGGGACAAUAUUGUUUUUUAAAAGGUUCUUUUAAGUUUACAAGCCAAUUGACUCUGUUCUGAAAAACCUCCUCGGGGAUUUGUACUCUAGUUGGAAAAAUUAAAGUGAAUUUAAUUCAAAUUAAAUGU